AUGUAUUCUGAUCAAGUGGAGGCUAAGACUGAAAUCAGGAAAACGGUAAAGAGCCGUCUCAAUGGCGGUUCCGGCGAUUUCUCUUCUCGCGGUAGACAAGUCACCAGGAAGAGAGGAAGGCAGGAUGAUGAUAAGUGGGAGCAUGAUCUUUUCGAGGAUGACGACGACAAGCCUCGAAUUUCAAAGCGCAGAGUAGACCCUAAAGAUCUUCGCUUGAAGCUCCAGAAGAAACACCAUGGCUUGCAAGGUCGUCUAGGAGCUAGUUUGGGCGUUGGGGAUCUACGGGAAAAGCUUUCUGGGACAGUGAAUCCACAACCCAAGAACAGUAUCCUAUCAAGAUCUUUACGGGAUGCUGCUAGAUCAGCUCUAAAGAGCGUUUCAGGUGAAACAAAAUCUGUGACUAGAGCAACUUCGAACAAAGCUGCCAAGAAGAAAACGCAGCAGGCUGAUAUGUCGGUUGAUAGCUUCCUGGAAUCACUGGGUCUUGAGAAAUAUGCGACUGCAUUUCAAGUGGAAGAAGUUGAUAUGGAUGCUCUUAUGCAUAUGACAGAUGAUGAUCUCAAAGCUCUGCUCAUACCACUGGGCCCUAGGAAGAAGAUACUUCUUGCUUUAGGAUCCAAACAGUAG